GUCAUUUUAAACUGUAUAUCCAAUAUUCACACUUGUCCAUUUGUUUGGCUUCAUUGCCUGUUACUUGGUUAGCCGAGAUACCAACCGAGUUUCAAACUCAGUACAUUGUCUUAUUCAGCCACAUUAUCCAUUCUCAACAUCUUCGAGAAGGAAAAAGAUUUCAAAAAAAGAAAAUGUUCAAGGCUUACACCAAUCUGGCCCCCAAGACCCGUCUCGGCGUCGGUGUUGCCAUCAUCGCCUGGGGCUGUGCUGGGCUCUACCUGUCCGACAAAGCCGAGGAGAAAUUUGGAUAUACGCCAACGGAAGAGGACAGAUCUGCGCUGCGUGAGAUGGCGCCGAAAAUCACAAGCGUGGACAAAAGUCAAGAGCGUUGAAGGACAAAAGAUGGGAGCCUUCUAUACUUGAUUUCACCAUCUCAUACGCAUUGUCUCGUAUUUUCUCAGUCACUCUCACUAGCCGUUGUCAUUAUGAGCAGCACUUCUGUGUUAUCUCUAGUCUCCCAAAAUACUUACAGCUAAGUCGCUGUUAAGACUCUAUACAAGCCUUGUUAAUGAUACCAAAGUGGCAUUUUACAAUAGUUGAAGCUCAUAGAAGCACAUGUAAAUAGGUAUAUACAGCGUCAGC